AUGCCUUCGAGUACCGGUAGUAAUAGUCGUCCUCGCAGUUUGUCUCCCAUGGCGGUGAGAGAAGCGGAACAAUCGAUGGCGGAUCGAUUGGAGGCGUAUAAGAAGAAACGGGAGGCUCGCUUGACGGAGAAAGAGGCGGAAGCGAAACGGAAAGCAGAAGAAAAGAAACGGCGAGAAGAAGAACGGAGAAAGAAUUUGAAGAUCAUGGAAUUGCCGCCGCCCAACAAAUCCAACAAGGCGCCAGCACCGCGAAAAGCAAAACCAAGAGCAGCUCGAUCCAUGUCUCCCAGUCGCGCCAAAGAAGCAAAGGUUGCUGCCGCUGAAGAAGAUGACAGUAGCGCCAAAGCAGCUCUUGCCAAACAAGACGCCGCUGAUCGCAAGAUUCGUGCCGAAAAGGAAGCACGUGUCAAAGCUCAGACCCAACAAGCGCAUGACAAGGCAGCCCAAGCACGCAAGAACAAAUGGCAGGAACAACAAGCCAAGCGAAAGGCAGAAGCCGCCAAGAAAGCCAAAGCCGCUGGACAAGAACCUCCUCCCGAACGAGUUCCCAAACUCAGUGCCCUGCUCGCCAUGGGAGGACCUGAGGCGGAAGAAUACAAGAAAAAACAAGCGGCUGCCAAAUUGGCCACGUGGAAAACCAAUCUAGGAGACAAGUGGGAAAUCGUCCAAACCACAUGGGAUGGCAUGUCCACUUUUGAAGACAAAAAGGAAACCACCAAUAGCACGUACACCACACAACAAGAAGCCAUUCAGGAAUUCAAACACAAUCCAGAAAAAUACCUCGCCAUGCAUUUUCAUCCAGUCCAACCCGAUCCCAAAGAUUACACCUUUAUUCUACGGGAUGGAACUGUGGGGUAUGAACCCAUGGGAAUCAAGGAAGAUGGUACUGGAAAACGCAUUCUAUGGCGACACAUUUAUCAUCGUCUUCCAGCGUUUACCGACAAUCUCUUUCCCGUACGAUCCUGUGACAAGUAUACAGACAACAUGACCUACGGUGGCAAGAAAUUGCAUUCUACAAAGGCCAAACGAACGCCACUCUUGCCCGGUCGUGGCAUGGGUCUAGGUGAUGAAGCCAACAUGGAAAUGAUUGGUCCACAAGGUGCCUAUCCCGAUCAUGUCCGUCAAGGAGCCAUUGUGGGAGACUGUUGGUUGCUCUCGGCCAUUGCCUGUCUCGCCGAUUUUGAUUGGGCCGUACAACGACUCUUUCGCAAAACUCCAACACAACCCAUUAGUCAAAAACCAGUCGAUGAACCCAAUCUAUACACAGUGACAUUGUGGGAUUUGAAAACAUGGAAGGAAGUCGAUAUUGUCAUUGACGAACGAUUGCCUGUCAGAGCGGAUGGAACGGGAUACUUGCUAGGAGCCAAGCCUUCCAAGGAUGCCAAAUUCUGGGUGCCCUACCUAGAAAAGGCCAUUGCGGUACACUGUGGUGGCUACGAGAAGCUGGACGGUGCGUGA